AUUAUAUGGCGGGAAACUUUUCAACAAUAAUACUGUUACUUUUUUGUGUAUUCUUACUCAUUUUCCAUUCGUGUUACAUAAUAAUACAUUUUUUGAACAUUAAUUAGUGUAAACAGAAAGUAUGGAAGACGAUCAUGCAUCGUCUGUGUCCAAAGGUGUAUUUGUAUUCAAAAAUAAUUUUAAACCGCCUUCGAGAAAGUCCAGCAAAUCCAGAAGUAAACGAAAGCCGGUAGAAAAUACCCUAUUUUCAUCCAAUGCCUGGUACUCGUAUUAUUCUACGUUAUGGGAGGAUAUCCAAACUAAAAUUCAAGAACUUAAUGAUACGAUAUUUUCAUCGGUACUGAUCAACUUGCUGGACUUCAUUAAAUCAAGUACCUGUCAAAGUGAAAACGAAGAAAUCCCAACAGCUGCUUUCUUCACCGGUAUAAAUAUGCCGGACCACAUGACACAAUUCGAAAAUCUCUCCAGUCAACUCAAGAAAACCACAACUCCUCAUGUGGCCUAUUUACAAAGCGAAGACGGCCAAAGUAUUAAAAAUUUAAUAGAAAAUUUGAUCAAACAAUUUGUCAUUGAAGACAUCGAAUGUGAAGAUGAUCUAGAAGAUGAAUCGCAACACAAGCAAAUAAAAAAGAACCUGCUGACCCUUCCCUAUCUCCAAUGUUGGUACGAGAACAAGUAUAAAAAAGCAGAAAAGAAAAAACCUCUCGUAAUAAUAAUACCUGAUUUCGAGGGCUUCAACAUAGAGAUACUAAAGAAAUUCAUAAUAAUAAUAAGCUGCUACAUUAAAUAUCUGCCAUUUGUACUUGUGUUCGGCAUCGCUACAAACAUCAACACUUUGCACAAAUCUUUGUCGUACAAAGUAUUUUCGAAAAUUAGAGUGAAAGUUUUCCAUUCUCAAAGCUCAGUCGAAUACCUGAACAUCAUAUUGGAAGAGGUGUUUUUCAAAUGCCCGUUUCAACUAGGGGGCAACGUUUUCAAUUUGUUCUCAGAUUUGUUCCUGUUCUACGAUUUGUCGGUGAACAACUUCAUACAAAACAUCAAAUUCGCUGUGGCAGAUCAUUUUGCUCGGGGAAAUAUAAUGACUUUGUGCAGCCUCGAGCCGGAUGUUGUGAAAAGCGCCAUUAAGGAACUGUCCCAUGAUGAUUUGAAAAUGUUGUGGCAGUUGCCAUCGUUCAAAAAGUUCCUGGAAAAUGAAGGACAAGACAAGCAAAUAAAAAUGGUGCUGGAUGAUGAGUAUUUAGGUAAAAUAGUACGCAAAGAAAUUCGUAGAACGCAGGUUUACAUCAAAACUUUUCAUGUAUUUUUAAAGUGCUUGUUGGUACUCGUUGAGGAUUUGCCCAAAGCUCCUUUAGGUAAACAGAUGAGAGUAUUAUACGCUAUUGCGACCUCUGAAAAUGUCACAAAGACAAAUGAUUACCAAGAAUGUAUGAAGCUUCUUAACUUUCAAUCGAAAGACGAACUUACUAGAAAGUUAUCAAAGAUAAUUGAUGUACUAGAACCUAUUGAUUUCAUCGAUGAUGAUUUGCUAUCAUCCCUUAAACAAUACAUUGAUUAUCUCAACAACAUCGAUGAAUACAAAAUGCCAGAAGAGCAAAGCAAACCAGGAGAUAAAUCUGUGCAAUUAAAGUCUUCCAACAGGUGGCAAUUUAAAGAAAUGCUUCACGAAUUGGCUAAAACUCCGACUAAAGCUUUGAAUAAAUACGAACACCUGCGAGAGGAAAUUGUUAAGACGCUUUCGGGAGCUUUUGAACACUAUUUAACAGAACCUGAAUCAAACUUUUUGCAUGAAAUAUUUUUCUACAACAACAUAUCCAUCAAAAAUUACAUAGUCGGUUCUCACAGAUCUGCCAUACAUCACGCUCUAAACGAUCCCCACUUUUACUUAACGUGCGAUUGCUGUAAACUGUCAAAUAUCGGGUCCAUCAAACCUACCAUGCCAGAUGUUUGCGUUGCUUAUAAACUUCACUUGGAAUAUGGCAAAAUGAUUAAUUUGUACGAUUGGCUUCAAUCGUUUGUUAGUAUUGUAGAUGCGGAAGUUUAUAUGGGAGAUGAGCAAAUGGUCGUUAGACCCGAAAUGCAAGCUCGUUUUACUCAGGCUGUGUCUGAAUUAGAAUUUUUGGGAUUCAUCAAGAGUUCCAAGCGAAAGACUGAUCACGUCCAAAGGCUGACUUGGGGAGGUUAAAUAAUCAUGUUUUAAUUUAUUUAAAUCACCUUUUACACAGUUAAUGUAACAGUAACACGAAUUACUAAUUCAUAAAAUUUAUUGGUAAGAAUAAUUACACUUUCGGAUGGUCCUGAUUAAAAUAUGUGAACUGUAAAACACCUAAUUUGAUUAGAAGUUCACAAAUUUCGAAAUAAAUUUGGUAUUAUUUUAGAAGUAAAAUACAAUAAACUUUGUUUUAGUACAAUUGUUACAAAAAUACUGUUAUAAUAAUAAUAUUUUUUAUACUCCCAUGUGGUGUUUUGUAAAAUGUGUAUACUAUAAAAUAUAUUUUCGAGUGCAGUUUAAUACAUUUUUUUAAAAACCAAUAAACAGUUUUAAUCCAAACAGUCUUAACAAAUAAUUCCCUGAACUGCCCUUUUUAAAAAUAAAAUUUAGUAAUUAAAGCUUAUUAAUAAACAAUUCGAGUAUAAUUAGCUUAAUUCAAACAAUAACAUUUUAAAGACAAAUAUUUACUUUACAACUCUGUUAUAUUAGGAAACGACUAAAAUGCGCUUUUAAGUUCGCAAUUUCCCAAUACAAGUGAAAAACCACUUAAAUUGAUCUUAAUCCUAAUUCUAAUGCACUGAGUUUCGAUAGGCCUUAUUUGGUGCAAUGCUGUCUUUGUAUCCCUAUCCCACUGUUAGAUAAUUUGCAAAAAAUAAUUACUCCGAUUAAUAUACCAUUUCAAAUAAAACCAUAUCUUGAUGCAUUUACACUCGUGUAUCCUUAAAUGUUUAAAACACUGACGUAAAGCUUAAAAAUGCAAUAAUAUACAGUAUGAAAAUCCCGGGCGGUUAUAUCUCGAUAUGGCAAAUACUAAAUUCGUUAGCUAAACAAAAGCAGAAUUAAAUAGGAGAGAAUAUAUUCUCUUUCUCAUAGAUAAAUAUAUGCUUCAUUAUUCCAUUUUAUUAAAUUUGUUAGCUGCCCUCGAGUUUACAUACUGUAUAAAUAGAAUGAUAAAGUUUAACCUAUAUGUAAGUACCGAUGCAGAAAGUCGAGUGAAUUUUGUAAUUUACAGGUGAAAAUCUAUUGAAAACUUAACCAAUUUUAUUAAUAAGCUGGGCUGGUACUCCAGCCUAUGUUAGUUUGCUUGUUGGAGGUAACUACUCGUUCCCCUUGCGCGAGCUGUCCCAAUUUAAUGCCUCUGUACUUCAGGAAAGCAUCGAAUCCGUACGCAAUCAUGGCGCAAAAACCGAAAAACUACAAAAAAAAUAAACAAUUUAUUAAACUACAAGGAACAAUUGAAAUACAUACCCCAGCGGCCACGAACCCUUCGAUGUGUGAAAAAGAUACAGCCAGGGAAGACGCGAUCAGAUAGAAACCGGUCCAAACGGCGCAAAAUACGAACUCGAUUUUCAUCCACGGAAUCCUGUACAGUUUCUCUACAAUGUGGAACAGGUACAGCACGAGCAAUAUGGCCGUAAACCAAAAUGCGAACAUCGAUACGAAAUUGAAGAAGGAUCCUCUAGUGUGGUUGGCCCAAAUGCCGCUGCAUAGGAUGCAGAUGAAUCCCAGCAGAUUUAACAAC